AUGGACUUGCCAGGAAGAACAGAAAGCACCAUCAGCAAGGGCGGAAAGGUCCCCGUCACCGUCUUCACCGGCUUUGUCGGCGUCGGCAAGACCACAAUCAUUCUGUCGUUGAUGAACUCGAUGCCCAAGGACUACAAGUUCUGUCUCCUCAAGAACGAAUUUGGUGAUGUCAAAGUCGACUCACAGAUCGCAAAGCUCAACAACAUCGAUGUCCAGGAAAUGACCAAUGGCUGUCUAUGCUGUGUCCUCGUCGGGCAGAUGAAGGAGGGACUUUUGGAGCUGAGGGAAAAGUACAACCCCGAUCGAAUCAUCAUUGAAACCAGUGGAUCCGCCUUUCCAGGCCCGAUUGCGUGGCAGAUCAGAGAGUUGGCAGACGAAGGAUUUGUUCUGGACUCGAUCCUGAAUGUGGUCGACUGCAAGAACUUUGAGGGAUAUGCGGACAACUCCUACACCGCCAAACUGCAAGCCCAGUACACCGAUCUCGUCCUCUUAACCAAGCACGAAGGCGUGAGCGAAAGGGACAUGGAUAGGGUGAUUGAUCGGGUCAACGAUCUCAACACUGACGCCCCCAAGGUCCUCGUCAACAUCGACCAACCCGUCUCACCCGAACUGAUCUUUGGACUCGACACCAAACUUUUCCAACUCCAAGGACCCACAGGACCCAACAACAAGAUCUUCCAGGACGAACUCAACCAAAACGGUGACAAGAUCCAUCACAGGAACGAACUCGAUACCAUGGAGAUCAAGUGCUAUGGACCCAAGACCCGCCAUCCGGAAAAGGUGCUGAAAUUGACUACGUUUGAAAAGUUUCUGGGAACGCUAAGCAAGGAGGAUGUCUAUCGACUCAAGGGAUUCGUGCGACUUUCAGGAGUUACUGGAUCGGCUACUGAGACGACGGUCUGUGUGGUCAACCACGCAUUCGGCAAAUGGACCAUCAUCCCUGUCCCCGAAAAGGAUAACCUUGAGCCUUCAGCUGAAGAAGAUGAACCCCACAAGUGCGACCUCGACCACGACCAUUCCGAACAUACCCAUGCUUGCAAAAAGGAGCGUCCUGCGGAUCAGGAGCUGCAGAUGCAUUUUAUCUUGAUGGGCGAGCUCUGGGGCAUUCAACACAAACUCGUCCACGGAAGUGGCGCCACCUACGACAGCGGCGAGGUCUUGUACGAGUUCAAGACGAGUCGCUCUACUUUUGCCUGGGAUAUGCCAUUACCUGCAAACUAUACCGAUUUUGUCGCCGAGAGAUUGGCUUCCAAGUGA